ACUCUUGUUGGAUUUUGUUGUCAUCUGCUUCUCAGUUGUUGUGGAGCCACAUGAAGUCGAGCAAGCCUGUUGUAUCAGUCACUGUUUAGAUCAACGUAGCAGUCAAAAACAAGACAUGGGAGGUCACAUACAGGACAAAAUCAAUGAGACCCAAAAUACGGACAUCCCGACUAAUACGGGACAGUUGGAAACCUAGCUAGAGGGCCUUUUCUGCUUGAAGCCAUCUGUUUACAGCCAAACGGUUGACCACUGUGUGUGUAUAUGUGUCCUGUCACAAAACUCCCACAUAUUGUAUUUGAAAUGCGUGUAGGUCAUGAUGCACUUUGAUAAUGAAGCUAAAAUAUGAAUAUGAAUUUGAUUUGUGUUUACUUUGAUUAUGACUUUAGCCAAAUAAGAGUAAUUAAAAACCACUGUUUACAUCAUAGUUUCGCAGUAUUGUUAUUUGAAUAUUGUUGUGCAUGUAAACAUUGAAACCCACUUGUUUUAGCCACUGAUGCUCCACAUCACAGCAGCACAUCAAACUGCUAACUUCACAACCAGAAGAAAUGAACAGGAGAUUUUGUGUCAUUUGAGGUUAUCAACAUAUAAACAUGCUUUUCACACUGGAAAAGUUAACACCAGGUUAUUCUAAACCCCGGGUUAACGGAAUCCUGGGUUAUCUGUUUCACGUGUCACACUGUUCGUGCUUAACCAGGGGUUAAGAGAUAACCCUGGGUAUUCAUAAUCUGAAGUUACACAUUGUGUAUUCCUAAACCCUAGGUCAGGUGUCUUAAACCCUGCUCAUACACCUGUCUGUAAUUAUCAAGCAACCCUGAACACCUUGAUUAGCUGUUUCAGCUGUGUUUAAUUUGGGUCAAAAGUUAUUAUAUUAUAUUUUUUACUUUAUUUGUUUAAAAAAGCUUUGUUGCAUGUUUAAUUUUUAUUAGGUAAUAAAAAAGACAGUCCAAUAAGAUAUUGUAGGUGGAGCAGUAAAUGUUCUCAAGAAACAGAGCUUUCAUUAAGCUGUUUUGUUGUAUGUAUUAAAUGUUUUUAAAAGCACCUUCCAUCAAUUAAUUUCCAUGUGGAUUUGUCUACAUUUAGAGGAAUCUCUCUGUAAAUAGCAGUUGUUUUGGACAGUAGCACGAGGUGCUGUGCUGAUCCCAUUGUCUGUGGCGUAACAGCAACAACACUAAGCUGUGUUCAUACAGCGCUGCGCAGAUCGAACAAGAUAUGACAUCACAGUACCGCGAGAUCAAACUUUCUCAAUACGUGCUCGAAUCGCUCACGCGAUACUUCAACGUGACAUGCUUUCGGCCUUCCUAUCAACGACACUUUUACUACGCAAGUCAGCAGCAGUGGAUUCGUUUCCCCGGAAAUGCAGACACGUGAUAAUGACAUCACCGCUGUUAGCCCCAAUUUCCCGCGAAACAGACUACACGCGCCCAUUAAAGGAGGAAAGUCAUUGCAUGUCACUGCAGUCGCUAUGAUGCUGGGUAUACCAAGGCAGAAAAAACGAAAAAGACCUCAACAGGAUGCUGAGCAUCACAUUACUUGUAAAACAGACAAGCCUGAGCUUUAUGAGCAAGUUAUCAGCAAAUAUAAAGGACGUGGAGUUUUCACCACUGAAGCAUUUUUUAGAGGUGAUUUUGUCCUUGAAUACAGAGGUGAACUUCUGACUUCAGAGGAGAGCCUUGAUCGAUCUAAACUCUACAAUGACGUUGAGAACACAUUCUUGUUUGAUUUUCAGUGGCAUGGCAAAAAUUGGUGCAUGGAUGCAUCCAAGGAAGAUGGGUCCUUGGGAAGACUUGUAAAUGAUGAGCACAGAAAUCCUACAUGCAAAAUAAGAACUGUUGAAGUGAACAAAAAACCUCAUCUGUGUCUUUUUGCUGUACGAGAUAUUCAACCAGGAGAAGAAAUCACUUACAGUUAUGGAGAUUCAGAUUGGCCUUGGCGAGCUAAGGUAUCAUCAACAGAAUCCAGUGAUAAAAGUCCAGUCAGCAGUUUGGAUUUGCAGAAAUUGUUCCAUCAGGCUCCUCCUGUUUCCUAA